AUGAGUAGUGAGGAGACUAAAGAUUUGGAUGAGAAUUUGGUUGAUUCUAAUUCAUAUCCAUUAAGAAAUGAAUCUAAAGAUGAUACUUUUCUUAUUAGAGUAGAAGAGAGUAGUGCGUCAUUGAAAAGGUCAAAAACAGAUCCUGAUAUGGAUUGUAUAAAAGUAGUCCAAUAUGAUGAAGAUGAUACGGAGAUUUGUUACAAGUUUUAUGGUGAAAAGGAUUCACCUAACAUGGAAUAUAAUUAUCAUGAUUUUAGUCAUUCCACUUGGUAUGAUUUCACUAAAAUGAAAACACCAAUUCCAUCCAAAAUUGAAAAACAUACAUGUGAUGAUAUUAGUAUUUGUUUACCAAUACAUGCCGGAAUUUUAUAUAGUUUUAAACGUUCCAUUUCAGGAAUAACAAUUGGUUGGGCAUUUUUAAGAAAAUCAGGACGUCGUUUGAUAUCAUAUUAUUUAAAAGAGUUUUUAAAUGGAAUAUUAUGUGCAAUAACAAUGUUACCAGAAGUUAUUAGUUUCUCAUUUAUUGCUGGAAUUCCAAUCCAUGUGGCACUUCAUGGGAGUUGGAUUCUGUGCCUAUGUGCGACGAUUUUUGGUGGAUCACCAGGAAUAGUGACAGGAGUAAGUGGAGCAUUUGCAGCAGUUGCAGGAACAUACGCGCUGGAUCAUGAAGAUACUUCAUAUACAAUAGAUGACCACAAUAUGAAUUUGACAAGACUAUUAGUAGCUGUAAUGAUCGCAAGUAUUCUGCUACUGAUAUUCUCAUUCAUACACUUGGCAAGUAUUAACCAAUUUCUAUCCACGUCAGUGAUAAUUGGAUAUAGUAACGGAUUAGCAUUGAUAAUAGCAAAGGCACAGUUGCAUGGGUUUCAUGAUUUUGAUACGGGUAAAUAUCUACGAGGAGCAGAUCUAUACAUUUCAAUCCUAUACUGUGUAGUAGCAUUUGUAAUCACACAAUUCAUACAUUAUAUACCUAAGAUUGGGAAGUAUAUACCAUCACCACUUCUGGCAAUCAUUACAGUAAUUGUGAUCCAUUAUUCCAUUGUGAUCCACACACUUCCAUCAAUUAAGAUCUCAACAGUCGGAAGUGUGGCUAACCUGAGUUCAGAAACAUCUUUCCCAUCUUUAUUAUUUUUAACACAUUUAAAGUAUGUCAGAGAGUUAAAAUUUGAUUUCGCACUUGUGAGACAAAGUCUAGUCUUCACAGCCAGUAUCUUGAUUGAGAUGCUGAUAAUCGCAGAUGUCGUUAAGACACUAGGUGCUAGAGAACCCAACUCAAACCAACAAUUGUUUGGACUUGGUUUCGGUAAUUUCCUCAGCUCCCUAAUGGGGAGUAUGGGUGGAAGUUCAAUGGUAGGAAUUACAAUCAUGAACCUAAACAGUGGUUCCAAAUGGAAAGAAUCAUCAUUGGUGACUGGUUUAUUUGUAUUCAUAAUGCUGGCAGGUGGAUAUCCAAUUCUCAAUUAUAUUCCAAUCCCAGCAUUAUGUGGCAUUAUGUUCAGUGUCUCAUGUCACUGUUUCAAAUGGUUUAGUGUACCAAUGGUAAUUUUUAGUGCACUUCCAGGUCGUAUACGUAGUCUUCAUCCUCGAAUGGAAAUGAAAAUCUCACGUUAUGAUGCAUUUAUUAUCUUAUCAGUUACAGUAUUAUGUGUUGUAUGGAUUGUACCAUUAGCAGUGUUUUUCGGAGUAAUAAUUGCAGCAUUUGCAUACGUAUGGGAGAGUAAAUCCAAGUUCAAGGUGGAAAUUUAUUAUGAUAAAGAAGCUAAUAUUAAAUAUUAUGAAAUUGAAGGGAAUAUAUUCUAUGCUAGUAAAAGAAUGCUUACAAGAUCAUUCACACCUAGAGAAGACCCACCAACUACUAUUAUAGUAUUAUUAGCAUCAACCAGUCUAUUUGAUUAUACAGCAAUUGAAGCUCUUAAUUCACUUAAAGGAUUAUAUGCAUCUUAUAAUAAAUCACUCAUUAUUAAAGGAUUAAGUCAUGGAUGUAUAAAGAAAGUAGCAAAAAUGAAUAGAUUAUGUAGACAUAUGGAACAUGAUUUAGUUGGAAUUACACCUCCUACAUUACCAACACUUUAUACACCAUUUUAUCAUACAACUUUAACUGCAAGAACACCCAAUAGUCAAUUACAACCAAUAUACUAA